GAGCAGGAGCUAGACGGACGAUCGACAUGGCCGAGGAGAGCAAGCCCGACUUCGCGUGGCUGCCGCAGGGCACCGAGGCGCUGGCCGACGGCGAGUACGACGUGAUCGUGCUGGGCACGGGCCUGAAGGAGUGCAUCCUGAGCGGGCUGCUGGCCGUGAACGGCAAGAAGGUGCUGAUUGUGGACCGCAACCCGUACUACGGCGGCGAGUGCGCGUCGCCCAACCUGACGAACCUCUACAAGAAGUUCAAGCCCGACCAGCAGCCGCGCACGGACCUGGGCGCCGACCGCGACUACAACGUGGACCUCGUGCCCAAGUUCAUCAUGGCGUGCGGCAAGCUGGUCAAGAUGCUGCUGCACACCAAGGUGACGCGCUACCUCGAGUUCAAGAACGUGGACGGCAGCUACGUGGUCAAGGGCGGCCGCACCUACAAGGUGCCGGCCACGGGCGAGGAGGCGCUGCGCUCGUCGCUCAUGGGCAUGUUCGAGAAGCGCAAGUUCCGCAAGCUCAUCAUGUACAUCUACAACUACGAGGAGGACGACCCCAAGACGUACGAGGGCAUGGACCUGUUCACGCAGCCCAUGAGCGAGCUCUUCGAGAAGUACGGUGUGGACGCCAACACGCAGAGCUUCAUGGGCCACGCCAUGGCGCUCAUGCGCGACGAGUCGUACCACAAACGCCCCGCCAUCGAGACCGUGCGCGCCAUCAAGCUCUACGCCUACUCGCUCGAGCGCUACGGCAAGUCCCCGUACAUCUACCCGCUGUACGGCCUGGGCGGCCUGCCCGAGAGCUUCUCGCGCCUCUGCGCCAUCAACGGCGGCACCUUCAUGCUCAACCGCGGCGUGGACGAGAUCCUCACGGACAAGGACGGCAAGGCCUGGGGCGUCAAGUGCGACAACGAGGUGGCCAAGGCCAAGCUCGUGAUCGGCGACCCGUCCUACUUCCCGGCCCAGAAGGUGCGCAAGACGGGCGUGGCCGUGCGCUCCAUCUUCAUCCUCGACCACCCCGUGCCCAACACGAACGACGCCGAGUCGCUGCAGAUUAUCAUCCCCGCCGCGCAGGCCAACCGCCAGAACGACAUCUACGUGGCCGUCGUGUCGUCCGCGCACUGCGUCGCGCCGCAGGGCAUCUACAUCGCCAUCGUCAGCACGCUGGCCGAGACGUCCGUGCCGCUGCAGGAGCUCGAGCCCGGUGUCAAGCUGCUGGGCCCGUACCUGGAGCGCUUCGACGCCAUCACGGACAUGUUCGAGCCCGUGUCCGACGGCAAGGAGGACAACUGCUUCAUCAGCGCUUCGUACGACCCCACGAGCCACUUCGAGACCACGUCCGAGGACGUGCUGGACCUGUACAAGCGCAUCACAGGCGAUGACCUCGACAUGAACAUCAACGCCGACUCGACUGACGUGGACCAGUAAGCGAGCCGUAAUGAGUGGAGUGAGCGAGGUUGGAAGCGAGCGCAGUAGUUGAAAGCACGGAUCGAAAAAAAUCUACCAGUCAAUCACCCUG